AUACAGAUCUGGCGAGUGUCUGAAGAGUGGUGACCUGUCUCUGGCUAUUAGGCAGACACGCGAUGAUCACAUCGUCGUCGAGAGGACCGGCGCCGAAGUCGAUGCUAUCGAAAGUGCAGCGCAGGUCUGACUCGAAGUCCUGGAUAUCGGUAUAGUUGGCGGAGUCCUCCCCUUCGCACACCUCUUUAUAUUACAUUGACAGCCGCCCCAAACCAACCCUGUAUGAUAUAAUGAGCAAUUAAGCAUGGAAUGGUAUAUUCGGUUUACGCCCCCAUUAUGGUCGACAUGAAAUACAUUUUACACACAUCUAUGAAAUGGAUCUCAUUGUUUGCCACAUUUGAGACCACGGGCUUUAUUCUGGGAACUUUUAUUGUCAUGGUCAAAUACAAGUGCAUAAGCAGACAGUUAUUAUUGGCCCUAUUCUUUACCGCAUUAACCAUCGCGUCGGCAGUCAUACCCCUAUCGCCAUACCUAUGGGUGCUGUAUAUCUGUGCGUUUGUCAUUGGCAUCGGUUCCAGUGUUUACGCCGUCUUCUCCACCGUAUGGAUGAUAGAGCUCUGGCGGGACAGUCGGGUGCCUAUCAUUCAGAUGUAUGAGGUCUGCUUCGGUAUCGGAUCCGUUAUAUCAACGGCCGCUAUGAAGCCAUACCUUAUCGGUGAGACUUCAGCCCAAAAUCAGACCACAUAUUCGGACACAGAAUUGAUUAUCGAUGUGAACGAUGUUAUCGAUAGGAGGUCUCGGCUUAUGAUCCCAACCCUUAUUAUUGGCGGUUGUAUUAUAACAGUUCCUUUGGCUCUCUUUAUAAUGCAUUUUAUAAAACCAUAUAAAGAGCCGAAAGUGAAGAAUGAGGACAAUAGUGAAGACACUACUGAAGACGAAAAAGACAAUCAAAACAUCAAAAUUAACGUUAAAUUGUUUGACAGAAAAGAGACGCCGAGAAAAACAACGCGACUCUUAUUCGCACUGUUUUUCACAUUUUAUAUCAUUUUUGAGACAAUAUUUUUAAAGUUUUCUCAAACAUACUUUCAAUACUCGCCGCUCCGACUGACCGCUCAAAAGGCCACUGAGAUAUACACCGUUGCCAUCACUGUCUACACCGUUGGACUUGUGCUAAAUAUAUUUUAUCCCAUCAAAUUUAAAAUACGGACAAUACUGGCCUCGCAUUACGUAAUCAUAAUAAUCGGCGCAAUACUACUAAUCCCCGCCCGGACUUCGGUCACCACGUUAUGGGCGGCCAGUGUGACCAUGUGUUUGGGAUUUUCCGGAAUGUUUGCCGGAAUCUAUGCGUUCACUGAACAGCACAUGAACUUCACGACCAAAUUAAACUCGGUGUUUGUGUUAUUCCGGGGAGUGUUUACUCUCAUCACACCAUUCAUUGUCGGCAAUUGGAUUGAAGACUAUUCACUCGUUUUCAUUUACAUGGAGUUCCUAUUCCUCGCCAUUUCUAUUGCAUUAUUUCUCACGAUUUUAGUUAUAAUCAGAAAGUAUUCAUAUUUAACGCAAACAAAUGUUGUCAAC